GAGCUGAGGAGAAGCCGGAAAAAUGCUAGAGAGGAAAUCUGGCAGAUCAAGGGUUCGAUCGAGGAACUGAAACUCCAAAUAAGCGAGCAUGAGGUGCAGAACGACGAGACCAAGGGUAAAAUCCGCCGCUUGUGCAUCGUCGAACGUAAUGAAUAUUCCAAGGUCGCAAUUCAGCGGGACUUCGCCGCCGGUAUCAGGGAGAUGGACCAGGAAAAUGCGGCAGAAGAAGAUGAGGACAACUUCGAUCCUGACGAAGAACUACGAGACUAUGACCAAGUCGCGAAGUCCCUGCCAGUCUUCUGCGUUAGCAGCCGAGCAUACCAGAAGCUAUGUGGUCGAUUGGUUAAAGACGAUCCUGUCCCAGGCUUCACCAACACCGAGGAGACUGGGAUUCCUCAAUUGCAAGCCCAUUGCAAAAAGCUCACCGCCGGCGGCCGUAUUCAGACCAGCCGCAGUUUCUUGCUGAAUCUGUGUCAGCUCUUGACUGCGUUCAACUUGUGGGCCUCCAUCGAACGGACUGGUUCGAAAGCUACCGGGGAGGAUAAAGAUAGGCAGAUCAAGUGCUUGAAGCUCGCGUUGGCCAACUUGGACGCUGUAUUCAAGGCAUGUAUCUAUGCAUGCUUCGAUCAGGUGCGUGCAGACCUGAAACACUACAUAACUGACAAGCUACCGAAGCUGGUCAAGGAUGCCAUAGACGUCGCACCAAGUACGGUCAAAGCCUGGAGUGAAAAAAAAGAGCAAGGCGGAUUGCCCUGGCCGACUUAUCUGGCUGUGGUAAGACGGCAUGGUGUUUUCCGAUCCUUCUGUGCUGGGCAUCGCGAUUUCAACGCCGAUCUCGUCGAUCCGAUCUUGAAGCAUCUCGCGAAUGGAUGGGAACGAGCAUUUCAAUCGCGCCUGCCUAACGCUUUCUGCGCCUACGCCGCCAACUUUGGUCGUUUACUGCACACCUUCCACGGCUCUGUUGAGCGGCAAGCGGAAGAAACCGGUGUAGGCCUAGCCGAACUCUCCAUCUUGAAACAGCAGGUCUACACCUACGAACAACUCCUCCACAACGUCGCUACGGUGGUAAUCAAGCAAAUGACGCAGCUUCAGCGCGAAACCAAUCGUAAUAUCACACCCACAAUCGCAAACGGCAUGCGCAACGUAUACGAGUUGUGCGCCAGCGAGUGUGGCCCUG